AUGCGUGUUUGUUUAUGUAUAUAUAAUCAUAUAUCAUGUGGAGGACACGUGACAAUCAUUGUUUUGUGCAGGUAUGGGACCUUUUUGAAACGGUGGAACUCAAAAUGGACAAGCGUCCUCAAGUUCAGAACUGCCAGCGAGUUUUCCCAAUGUGACCAGUGUCAAGAACUCAAAGCUCAGUUCCAGGACAAGCAGUUGCACAUGGAGUCACGGCUCAAUGCGCUGAAACUGUAUCGUGCACAUUUGAUGUCACAGUAUGCUGACAGAUGCGCUGUUUGGAGUUUGCGUGACAUCAGUGGCCCAGAGAUGAGUCGAACUGCAGUCUGCAUCACAGAUGGUGCAGACCAAGCAAAGUAUAUGAUCCCAAGAAGUCCUUCACUGAAGACUGCAUAUCGCAGCGCCAAAUUUCAACGCCCCAAGCUGAAAAUACAUGGAGUGUGGGCCUUUGGAUUUGUCCUACGUAUCGCCGUGUUGGAGGAGAACACAUAUCAUGGAAGUGGUCUUGUUCAAGAACUUCUAGCCCUAACAAUCGAGGACAUCAUGAAAGUAUGUGAUGAAAAAAAGGUGGCCGCCCCAGACACCUUAGUGGUGGUCGGAGACAAUACCGUGAAAGAGUUGAAAAACACUGUUCUCCUCAGUGGAGUGGCAAACUAUGUCAACCAUUCCCGCUUCAGGUGUCUUGAUGCUGUGAUAUCACCUUGA